AUGGCGGACACCAUAUUCGGCAGCGGCGCGGGCCACUGGGUCUGCCCCAACGACCGGCAGCUGGCCCUGCGUGCCAAGCUGCAGACGGGCUGGUCCGUGCACACCUUCCAGACGGAGAAGCAGAGGAAGACGCAGGCCCUGAGCCCGCAGGAGCACGAGGUCAUCCUGGAAGUCAUCCGCAAGGCGGAGAAAUUGGACAUCAUUGAGCAGCAGCGCAUCGGGCGCCUGGUGGAGCGGCUGGAGAACAUGCGCAAGAACGCAAUGGGCAACGGGCUCUCGCAGUGCCUGCUCUGCGGCGAGCUGCUCGGGCUGCUGGGCAGCACCUCGGUCUUCUGCCAGGACUGCAAGAAGAAAGUUUGCACCAAAUGUGGAAUUGAAACUAUUGGAAGCCAGAAACGUCCUCUUUGGCUGUGCAAGAUCUGCAGCGAGCAGAGAGAG